AUGCAGAAUAAGAGCAAAGCGCACAAAACGCAUACUUUCCUUGAACAAGUAUUCGACGAGUACUUCGUAGAGCCAGAGAUCUGCCGAACAGUUGGACUUAUACUCGACGCUGAACGGAUACGGUUGGCUCAAAUGAACGCCGAGAUGAAGACAACGAAGGCGAUCCAGGAUAUGCGGAUGCUGCUGCCCGAGAUCGACAUGGUCGCAACGGUAUUGUGGGAUGUGAACAUGUUUCAUAGCCUGCGAUCCGGCGAUGUUCCGACUUAUGUCCGACGACAUGUGCGCAUGGACGAUGUGCUCGAGCCGGAGGUACGAAUCUCAAAGUGGAGCGAAGAGGCGGCCACCACGUUCUUCCAAGAAGCUAGGACAUUCGCGCCAAUGCGUUGUACUACCGAGGCCGCUCCCGAUGUGCAGGUGAAGGUCUUCCUGGAGCGCGGUUGUUCAUUGCCAAUCUACUUCGUAACAUCCAUCGCCUUCCGUGGGGAUCGCGCGAUAAUACACACGUCGGAAGGUCUGAGUAUGGAGCUCAAGGAAGGCUGUUCGAUCUCUUCAAUUACUGGGGUCUGCGACCGGAUGCGCCUUACGAAAUGGGAGGGUUCCAAAGAUGGCUUUAUUGGUACGAUGUCCAUUCCUCCGGGUUGCUCGUAUCGUGCGGCCAACGUAACUGGCGUAGCCGAGGGAACAAGCAAUACGCUCCUGACGAUUAUCGAUACAGCGCCUGCUACGUUCGAAGUGGAUGGAGACAACUAUCGUAUCAAGCCUGUGAAUUUCGGUAGUAGUAUCGUCGUGGAACAUCGUAGUCAAUAA